AUCUUGAAAACUACAGUUUACAAAGGGAAGAUGCAGGUUUCCCAGCCCAAUAAUGUUAAGAUCUACAACCUUUCUGCCGGAAAAUCAUUGCCAGAGGUAUUGAAGAAAGGCUUUUGUUAUAUUUUGUUCAUUUAGAAGCAGUUUGUGCUUGUAUUAAGAUUUUGCACGUGCUAAAGUAAGGCAUACAUGUAGCUAUGGUCAAUGAUCUGGAGCUACGUACACUUCAUUUCUUUUCUCUUUCUGGCUGGACUUUUGCAUCAUUGAAAAUUAAAAGUGUUUCUUUUCUUCUCUUUUUGUUUUAGUGGCUUUCUGAACGAAAGAGGCGGACAUUGCAAAAGAAUGAUAUUAGUAAGUUUUAAAGUCAUGCAUAAAGUCAUCUGAGAAAAUUAAUGUAAACUUAAUUUAAGCUUAAUGGUUUUCUGCAUUGAGCAGCACUCAUAAAGAUAAAGAAAGGAAUUUCAUAGACCUUAGUGGACAUUGUAGAAUUAUAAGACCUCAUUUGUAUCUUCAACUUAGGAGCAAAACUUCAAGUCAGGUGGUAAUUCUGCUUACCUUUGCCACUGAAAACAAUACUUUUCCUGUUGUUUUUUUUUCUUCCCCGAUUGUGAUGUUUUGGAGAAACUUGUAUUUUCAUUAUUAGAUAUCAGAAGAAGAAUUGAGCUUCUUCAAGAUUUUGAGAUGCCAAUUGCUUCUACAAAUAUCCUUGUUUCUUCAGACAAACAGUACAUUAUGUCAUCAGGUGAGGUUUGGCCAGGUUGUCAUAAAUUCAAAGAUUCAAUUUCUCCCUAACUUUUGUCUUUGCAAGGUUGAUUUUGCCCUGUACUCCUACCCCCUGGACAAGAUUGCUUUCAACUGUACCCCACAAAGUCCUGGACCCAGUUGUUCAAAAGUUGGACAGCGCUAGCGCGCUAUAUCCAUUGGAUAAAUCACCGUCCAACAAAUAAGUGUUAGGGAAACCACUGGAUAGUGUUAUCCAGCUUUUGAACAACUGGGGCCAGGGGUUUCCCAUUGGGGAUUGUAAUACCUACAUUCAUUACAUUGAUAAAAUUGACCAUUUAAAACCUUGGUGUUUCUUGGUGCUUUGGAAACCAUUGUAAGUUGGUGUUUGCUUUUGUGUUGUGGUGUGGGUAUUGUUUGUUGUCUUUUCAAUCUUUUGUAUGACAUCAUGUGGUGAUUACACCUGUCCGCAACACCAAGAAACUACCUAAAAACUUAAGCCUUAGUGAUGUAAAUGGGACGCUAUAAGUUAAAUUAUAGCAAAAAAAGUGGGGACCAAAAUUGCUGUGAAGAUUGCCAUUGUGGCAUAGUGUGUUCAGCUCUAUGACUAUGUGUCAAGCAGCAAUGUUUUUAUUAGUUUGUAGUUAUGGACGUUUUAAGUUUUCUGUAAGAUCAUGCACCCUUAACAUGAUUGCAUGUCUCUACAAAUUUGAUUGAAGUACCAGUAGUUGGUAAGGCAUUUCAAUUGUUUCUCUUUAACUCAUGAUGUACUAUUAUAUUAUACUUUUCUGGGGACCAAUGUUUUCUGUUUGGUGACUGUAGCUCUGUAGCUCUGUGCUGAAGAGAGGACAUCAGAAAGAGCGUGUUUAAAACAUGAAAUAACAAAAUGGUGAAAAUGAAGAAAUGAUGAAAUGGCAAAAUGACUAAAAUUAUUUAGAAAUAAUACAUAUUUAAUUUUCUUUUACUGGAUUUUCUCCCUACAAUUCAGUUGGUGGAGUUGCUUCUCGACCCCACAGCUCUUCUCUGUUUCGCAGCCAUAAGAUCUAGAGGCUCUGUUGAUGAGAUCGUUGUCAGGCAGACCUUGUGUGAUGUGUGCGCGCAAGCUCAUCAUAUACUCUGAAAAUAGCUCUUACGUGGGAAAAUUAACUGAAGUGUCAGCGGAGACAUCGAGCUGGCGGAGUGCAUUACAAAGUGAAGCUACAACUGUUACGUAUGUGAGGAUGGGGAAGUAAAAACUCCAUACUCGAAAAAAGGAUACUAACAGCUCUCCAAAUAAAUAGGGUGUAUAAUUUUGUGUGAGUCUGUCCUAAUUAUUUUAUUAUCAACAGGGUAUUGCAUGCACGAUUGAUUUGAUUUGCUUUGUUUACUCUACUUGUAACUUAUACAAAGGCAAUGACCAGAAGUGAAUUUGCCCUGACUAAUGCAAUUGCCAAUAAAUGGCUUUAAAGGAAAACAAUGGCAUUUUGUCCUUUUUCCUAAACAGGGUAAUAAAAUUUAGGGUGUCGCCCUAAACAGGCUAUGUAUUUUUAGGAUUUUUUGUCCUAAGCAGGGUUAGGGUUUCAAAACCUCAGUAGAUCACCUACCCUGGCAACGAGAAAGAUCACGUGACUGUGACUAGUCACAAACAGAAAGUGACUGUACUGCAAUGGCAAAGCAAUUUUGAGAGGUUUUGUAUGCUGAGCAGAGUUUCACCAAUUCAAAGAAGGCAAAAUAAAUAAUGACUGGGCACCAACAAGAAACAAGUAGUCAGUUGUUUUUACUGUUUAAGAAAGCCAUUUCAUCACUUUGCCAUUUCGUCAUUUUGCCAUUUUGUGUUUUAAACACGCCCCAUCAGGAAGGGCAGGAGAGAAUGGGAUUUGACUGUGGUGAAAUGCAACCUGGAGAAUAAAAAAAAUUCUUUUGCUUCCUCUUUCAGUGAUUUUGCAUUUUGCAUUUUGCAUUUUGCUCUGCAUCUUGCCCUUUGUGUGAAUGUAUACUGGUAAAGGGAAUCCAUUUUUUCAUCUUCCCUUUCUAAUAACAAUUAACUGGACUAGUACGACUAAGGUGAUUCAUGCUUUAGUUUAGUGAAGUAAUAACUCACAUUGUUGCACACUCACGAGAAUGAACUUUCCCUUUUUUUCUUAAAAAUAUAUAGGGGUUUACAAACCUCGAGUACGCUGUUAUGAAACAUCAGAGCUCUGCAUGAAGUUUGAACGAUGCUUGGAUUCUGAGAGUAAGUGUAAAGUCUUUUGCUUCGUUAAUAAAAGGUGUGUGUGUUUACAUUGCCAAAAGAGUUCAAAUUAUAAUUAUUGCUGCCCUGAGCUAUUAAUUUGAUUAAUUAAUUUUUAUUGUUCUUUCUUUUUACAGUUGUGAAAUUCCGUAUACUAUCUGAGGACUAUUCAAAGGUGAUUUUUGUACAUGUUUGUUACAGGUGAAAAUGAAAUUCAGGCUAAAAUUUUUUAACCUAGGUUGUUUCUCUAUUUCCUUUGUUACUUAUCCCUAAUUAUUCAUGAAUUACGGUCAGGAGGCAAAGAAAAUUGGGAAUCAGCCAAGGCUAAAAAAUUUUAACCUGAAUAUAAUUUUGACCUGUAUUACAUACUGGCUUUAUAACUUUUUUGUUUAUUAAAGCAAAGUAAACAAAAUGAUAAUAUCAGCACUUAAGUAAAGAAGUGUAGUAAAGAACGAAUUGUAGGAAAUGCACAAAUUUCUGUGUUGUGCAAAACAACUGCAUUAAUACCCCUGAAUGAUAGAGAAUAAUUAUUUCCUUCAAUUUCAUUUACUAAUUUUAACCUGUGUUUAUUUUCAUAAUUUUGCAGAUGGUGUUUCUAACCUGUGACCGAUGUGUGGAAUUUCAUGCACAGGUAUGUUUUACAUACAGGGCUCAAGAAAGAAGUAAGAAAGAAAGAAAGAAAGAAAAAACUUGAAUUUCUGUUUGUCCUGUAAAUUAACUCUGGGCAAGUACAUGUAACUCUCAUGUUAUCACUUGUUGCCUGGGAGCCAUUCUUUGUUUAUAAUUUUGUUUGAGGAUGAACCCUUGCCCACUGGGAAAGUCAGCUGUGAAAAAUUACUUACCCAACAAGAAAAUCUACUUAUCCUGGACUGCUACCCGAUAGGACUUUUUUUCGUGUCCUUGUAUAUUAUGUUAAAAUUUUAGAAGACUAUUUAGUAUCCAUAAUAAUAUAUGUUCAGUAUUUUUUAGUUUACUGGUAUACUGAUCACUGUAUUUGCAUCAAACAAACAAUUUUUAUGCUUUUCUAAAUAAUAGUAAAUAAUCGGUCAGUGUAAAACGCAGACUGCGGACUGCAGACUGCAGACUGCGGACCAGGGGUAAAAUGCAGACUGAGUGUAAAAUGCAGACUGCAGACUAAGAGUAAAACGCAGGCUGGGGUAAAAUGCAGAAUAAAGACUGUAGACGUUUUUAAACAUUUGUGUGCCUUCUUCUUCAAAUCGGUGAAAUAGCUAACCGGUAUCAGUUACACAGUUACUAGUCGAAGUGAAUUGCACAUUUGCCAGAAGUUUCAAUGAAAAUCCAAGCAGCUUAAGUCUGCGUACCUUGAUUUGCAAUACUUUCAUAGAAGGUCAUCCAAAUUUCCUGCAGACAUCUUUGGAAUGACUUACUCCUGUUUCUUUCGCCAUAAUUCCUGUACAGUAUUUUGGGUCAGCAGCUUUCAUUUAAGCGUAAACAUUGUGGUGUUGUACCAGUUCACGGUCCCUGGUCACGUAUAUCGAAAACUUCGCAUCAAAAGUUGAAGUGUGAAGUCUCUCGGAUGGAAAAAAGGUUCUAGAUUGCGAUUAUGUUUUCGGGUCGUCGACGACGUUCCAGAGAAGAAAGGAAUGGAUUUGUGAAAGCAGAUGUCAUCAAGUAAGUGUUCGUUUACAUGUAUUUGCGGGAUUUUUUUGCCCUUAAACCCUUCCACGACUACAGUUUAUGCUCGGUCUGCAUUUUACCCCAGCCUGAGUUUUACUCUUAGUCUGCAGUCUGCAUUUUACACUCAGUCUGCAUUUUACCCCUGGUCCGCAGUCUGCAGUCUGCAUUCCGCAGUCUGCGUUUUACACUGACCGGUAAAUAAUAUACAUCAUGUACACUGUACUUUUCGCACUGAUUGAUCAUACUUUUCAGUAUGGACGGUAUUAUCGCACCAGAAUUCCCAAGUUUGGACGUGAUCUUGUUUAUCAUUAUCCAUCAUGUGAUCUUUAUUUAGUUGGAGCAAGGUAAUUUUAAAUAAGUUUUCUUCUGAUGAUUUUUACCACUGUGAGAUAAUACAGAAUUCCCUCCUGGGGCCCGUUUCUCAAAAUGCCAGGAAACUUUUCGGGCCUGAAGGCAAAUAAUGAAAUCUACACCUGUGGAAUAGCAGCACAGUUCCUUGUCCAUAAGCCACUCAAUUUUGCUUUGUUAACUGAUAGUUUCGUUUUAUUAUUAAUUUCAAAAUUAUUGAAACUUUGAUCUUGAAUGUAGCUGCAGCAAACACAAAGCAUCUUUCUGGGCCCGAAAGUUACUGGGACUAUCAAGAAACAGGCCCGUGGAGAGAAUCAGACAGGUUCUUUUUAGAUUUGCUAGUAGUUUUUUAUUCAUUUAUCUCACACUGAUCCAGGGCUGUCUUUAAGAGUUGGGGGCCGGGGAUUUCCCCCGGCUACUAUGAAUGUGGUCCCUGGCUACUUUAAUUGCAAAAUAGAAGAAAAAUAGAACCAAAAGAAAUCCUUAGCUGUUUAAUUCCGCACCUUAUUGUUGUAUUUACCCAGCAACUUGAAAUCUUAAUGACAACCCUGCUGAUCCUUUGAAAACAGUGUUCACCAUCUUUACCUCAGGCUUGUUGGUCACAUUAUUGCAUUUGACUGGCUUAUAACUAUUGUUUAUCACAUUGUAUAAUAAAUUAUUAUUUUUUUAAUUUGUAACUCAAAACAAAUUACAGAGUUCAUUUUUCAACAGUAGUUCUUUUUAUUUCUUAACAGUUCUGAAGUUUACAGAUUAAAUCUUGAGCAAGGACGAUUUUUGAACUCUCUACAGACUAGCGCUGUGUAAGUAUCUGGCUUUUACAAUCAAUUAUAUGUGCCAUAUUACAUCUAGACAGUAUUACUAUGUAUUUAGUAAAAAUAAUACUUGUAAACAAUAUUUAUUUUGAUUUCAGGGAGAUAAACACUUGUGAUAUAAAUCCAGUUCAUCAGCUUUUUGCUGCAGGAACAGCCGAGGUACCUGUAGUCUUUUUUGGUGACUUCAUCUUGAUAAAUAAAUAAAUUAUGUCAAAAAAACUUGGCAAUUGGACGCCUGUAUAGCCAUCUUAAAUUAAUAACAACUUUGGUCAUUAAUGCAAAUACUGUACAGUCAAGUCUUACAUGUAAUUGCCAAUCAUGCUCAUUCUGGUUUGGUUUAAAAGAACUCUUCACCUGCAAAGUUAGCUGGCAAUGUUGUCCUUGACUAUUGAAACUGAUGACGUCACAAGUUGUAGAAGGGACGUAGUUUUCCACGGGCAGCAGUUCAGGGGCAAAUAGUUUAACCAUUACUAAAUUAUUUCUUCCACCCAACUAGCAGUACAGCUGUAUAUACUUCAUGUCAAACAGUUUUUUUUAGGCCAAAAACUGUCCCCAAAGUAGCCAUUAUAAAAAACUAAGAGUGUUGCAACCAUUGCUUCUUUCUCUUCUCCUUCUUUAAUUUUUUACUCCUUUCUUGUUCUUUUUCUCCUUUCCUUUUUUCUUUUGCUGGUGCCAUUUUGAGAUUAUUGGGCGCGAAAAAAUACCCUGACUUUUGGCCGUUUUUUACUCAAAUGACUGCAAAUUUUUUAGGUUUUCAAAAUAUUGGCUAGAUCGAUACUUACUUAAAAAUGUUACCUUGUAACGAGUGGUUUCCAUUCUUAAUAACUUACACUAAAAUGUAUUUUCAUUGUUUCAGGGCCAUGUAGAAUGCUGGGAUCCUCGAUCCCGUAGCCGGGUUGGUGUUUUGGAUGUUGGAAUGAGUGGACUUGACUUCCAGAGGUACAGAAAACUAGAAAUGCAUUUACGUGUACAUUGUAUCUUUGUAUGUCUCCAUGAUUCUCAAUCUGGGAUCAAGAGGGUUAAACUUGUUAUCCUCUUGGCUUGCAUAGUCCUUUCUACGGAAUGCCUGCUUCAAAGUAGCCAAUUUGUUUUACUUCAUUGGCAAAGAUUUCCCUCCCUGAUAUCUUGGCGUUCAAUACCCAGUUGAUACUUCGAAUUUCAAGUGACGGUGAUGAUCCAAGGAUGUUUUGUGGGUUUGAAAUUUUCGAUUCCGGGAUUUUUUUGGGUAGGAAAUUUUGGGAAGUAUUUUUUUGGGUGGCCUAAUUUAAUGAGGAUCGAUUUAGAGAUACAUUGUAAAACAAAAGUGAACGGUCAAUGAAAGUCAAGUCAAGUCAAGUCAUCAUUGUCAAAUGAUAAGAAAAUCAGUUAACAUGAUUUGUGGAGAUAUAAAUUAUAUUAUAGAAAAAGAAAGUGCGAAAAGUGCAAGUAAAUGUAAGCGUGAAAAUGGACAAAUAACAAUUAAAUAAAGAGCAGAAAGAGUUUCGCACGAAUGGAGUCCGAUUGAGUGUUUAGCGUGGGUCUUUUAUCUCGUAUGAUUAAAAUCUCGAAAAUCAGACACUCUAGCUUCCCUCGGCAUUUCUUGAGAAUUUUUAAAGUUUCCACCACGGUUUACCCGCUUUACUUCGUGUUUCUCCGUGAAAUGCUUGCCAACUACCGAAUGUUUAUGUUGCUCUACACGUUGAUGAAGGUGACGGCCGUGUAUCCUGCAAAUUAUUUGCAUCACACAAAUCACACUCAAAUUCAUAUACAACAUUUAUUCUGGCUGUUUACAAGGGGCGGUUUUAAUUCCGUCUCGCGUAAGUCGUUAAUGAUCUUUUUGCUAGUGAAAACUGGCUGCAAUUCAUAAUCGAUUUUCCUUCCGAGGUCGGAAAAGAACGGCUUGCAUUCUUCGGGUUUAUGCACCUAGAAUUGCAAUUUACAUAGUAAGCUUAGAAGCACAUGUAGGAUGCCGAGCGAUUUUACAAACGAAACCCUGCACGUCACCAAAAUUAAUUUAUCUCGAUUAAUCACGUCUAAAGUCCCUCAUGAAAAGGUCCUUAAUAGAAUGAGCGACUAUAGAGCUUACCGCGUUGUUCACUUAGUUCUGGCCUGCACUGUAUUGACUGAAAAUCGAUACCGGUCAAUUAUUUACCAAUCAGACUAUCCAUACCAACAGCUCUCUUCCUCUCCUAGUUUCUAGGUCUACAGUCAAGUUUGUACUUGCAUGACUCUACAUGACUGUACAUAUGUAUUACAAUGUGUAACUGUAGUUAUAACGGACCUUUUUCUAAUGAUUAUUUCAGUUUGGAUAAUGUUCCUGCUGUGACGGCACUCUUGUUCAGGGAUGGUCUGACCAUGGGAUUGGGAACCAGUACAGGACAUGUGAGUUCUAAAACCACACACCGCUUUCUGUUAUUGUACCAGGCUUGAACAAAAUUAUGCCUUUGUUUUAAUUUCUUGUUUAAUUUUUGACUGGGAUCGUGGUGGCCUAGCUUCUACCAAAAAGCACUCCCACAGUCUUAUCCUGCCGGCUUUGCGGCAGGCGAUUUGAAGCGUGUAAAACAAAUGUUUUGCCUUUUGUCAUCACACAAUUAUUUGUUAUUAUUGGCAGGUUCUGCUGUAUGAUCUUCGCUCCACCAAGCCUUUGUUAAUUAAAGAUCACCAAUACGGUCUGCCGAUUAACAGCAUUGCAUUUCAAGACAAGCUUGGCGUUGUCUUGUCAGCGGAUUCUAAGAUUCUAAAAAUCUGGGACAGAGAAACAGUGAGUAUAGUUUCAUAUCAAAACUAAAACGGUUGAAGCUAACCACAACGGCCACCUUGGGGACAGACAAAAGUGGCCCUUUUGGAGAGGUGGCCGUUAUGGGGAGGUAGGGGGUGUAAAUAAGAAUUUUGUUUUAGGGAGUACAGCAUGUUUAUUGCGACAAAACUUUGCUUAAAAACAUUUUAAGAAAUGUAAAAAAAAACAUGACGACGUUACGACGUUCUCAUAGCGUAUAUACUCAGAGUGAGUCCAUUAGUGCGAAACUCUUUGUUUAACUUGUAGCAUAUUUUGACUCGUUACUUUUCUUUUUAAUGAUCUCUUAUACUUUCUUGUAUGCGAGAACGUCGAAACGACGUCAUGUUUUUUAACGUUUUUUAAAACUUUCUCCAAAUGUUUUUAAGCAAAGUUUUAUCGCAAUUUUUCAUAGCCAGGGGCUGAAGGUGUUUUGCUUUUAAUUUUUUUUUCACAUGAACAACACUCAUAUCCCUUGGUUUUUGUAUGUCAUAGGGGAAACCAUUCACAUCAAUAGAACCAUCUACAGACAUAAACAAUUUGUGUCUUUAUCCUGAUUCUGGUGAGAACUGCCAUAACUUUAACAUUGGAAAGGGAAUUGUUAGAUGGUGUCAUUUGUGCUGUAGUGGUUAUGUUGUACAUGUACGUAAAAUCGAUUUAAUAUAAGGUUCAAUCAGUUUUCAGCCUAGUUUGAUUUCAAAUUUCCCUUGUUUCCUAGCCCUAAUUAUUCAUAGGAGAGAAAGGAAAACCUGGUUUAACCUGAGAAAAGAUCUUACCCAGAACAGUUACACUUUGAGUUUACCAGUAUGAGGUUACGUAACUGCCGUUGCAGUUUUGAUGUUUUCCGGUUUUUCUUGGUCAAGAAAGUUUGCUUUAAAGUAAUAUCUCUCAUAUCUCUCUAAGUGAAUUUAUAACUCACAGUUCUAUCCUUCCUAUCAAGUUCUCCAUUAGUUUCCAAGGUCCUAAAUUUUUUAACUCUCUUAGUUUUGAAAUUCGAAAUGCAACAAGUACCGCUUCCUUUUGCUGUAAACUGAAAGCAUUCCUCUUAUCAUAAAUAGUAAUUUAUAUAUAUAUAUAUAUGUAUUUUUUUUUCUUCCUUUGCUCUUUUAUUUUCAUUUGUUUUGUUUUGUUUUUUCUUUUUGUCAUUUCGCUUUUUUUAGCCUAGAACUAUGAUUAGUACGACUAUCUAAUAUACUUAUUUUAAGAUUUACUGUAGCUCUGCCAUUGAUUUUCCCAUGUGUAAUUAUGAUAAUAUUUUGUUCUAUUUAUCUAACUGAGGGAGCCCAUUCCUUAUAAGCCCGGUGGCUUCUCUUGGGCUUCCUCGCCAUGAGAGUUUAAGUAAUUAGAUUUCAUUUGAUUUGUAUAAUUUUUUGGCAAACAAAACAAUAAACAAUAAACAGUAAGAUACUUUUCCUUGCGUCUAUGUCUAGUUUUUUGUCCAUUUAAUGCAUAUGCCAUUAUUAUGGCCGUACAUCAAUAUGUACCAUGUGCGUUGUCACUAUGACUUGUUUGUUUAGCUCAUUGUAUAUUGCAUCGUACUUUUUCAAUAGGUUUAGUGUUCAUGGCAACUGAAUCGCCCAAAAUGUUGGUCUACUAUAUCCCAGUAAGUCUAAACUAUAGUCACUGUAAAUAUUCAAGCUUUUUUUUAUUUUCGAUGCUGUUUAAGUGUAGCCCAGUCUUCAGUCUUUUAUUGCCCUAACAGGGCAGUUUCAACUAAAUUCUACAGAUUAAAAAUCCAACGGAAAUUUUGUGUAAACCUCUGAAUCCUGUUUAAGUGUGUCUUUGACUAAGGACAGGUAGAAAAUGAGGUUACUAAAAUCGGAAAUCUGGGUUUCAGAACCAUUUUUCCCUCGUUCUUUACGCUUCUUUCCGCUGCUUGUGAGCGAGAAGACCUUUAUCUAGCAUCCAGGAUAUGGCUGGUACGGUCGAAAACUUGACCGGCGCGGUGUGAACACCAUAACCGAAUAAAUUUUUAUACCACCAAGACGCGGAUACAUGGAUACGCGGUAACUUAGUUGGAAGACACCAUUUAAAAUUUGCUGAAGUAGCGCCACUGACAAAAGUUAAAGUUCACCCUAAUUCGUCCGUUCCGUGUGAACAGUGCAAAGAAUAUUGAAUGGUUCCAUGUGAACGAAGUGUUCGGUCAAAUUUUCAAGCCGUGUGAACGUUGCUGGAAGUGACAGGGUUGCAUGUGUGAAUGCAGCAUACUAAUGUUUGCGUUGUUGCAGGCUCUUGGUCCAGCUCCGAGAUGGUGCUCAUUUCUGGACAACUUAACAGAAGAGUUAGAAGAAGACCAGCAGCCAACUGGUCAGUGAAUGUUCACUUAGCCUUGAAAUCGUCAUUUAUAGUAGGAUAACCCCAAUUCUUUCUGGAGCCGAGCGCAAACAAGAAUAGUUGCCGCCUCGCAAGCAGAUUGCAAGUUGGGACACAUAUUUCGGGGGCAGAAAUCCACCCCCCCGCCCCCCCCCCCGCACCCCCUCCCUCUGGUCAAACAAGCUUAAAUCCUCCUUGCUGUCUGAGAUCCAAAUCUCUGUCAGUGAGUUUAGACACUUACUCUGGUAAUAACGUUCCCUGGGGAAAUUAGGGCUAAUACAAAUUGGAAGCUCAUUGUUGCCACAUGGAGUUGUUUUGACUUACGUUGUUUUGUCAUUGACCUGAUUUUUCUCCAGUCCUGUACUAAUUUUCUGCACAUACACGUUACUCGUCCACAAGGCCGAAUUUUAUGCCUUAACGUUUGUUCUUUACGUUUCUUUACAGUUUAUGAUGACUACAAGUUUGUGACUAAGCAAGACCUGGAGAGUUUAGGUACAGUGAAGCAAUAGUAUGGAAUAGUUCUGAACUACUGACCGAUCGUUACAUCUAUUUUUAUUUCAAUUUUUAUUGUUAUUAACAUGGUACAUGUAUUUCAUUAGGCAUUGCGACUGUCACACAGCUGUUAGCAGCUAUCAUUUCCAGUUUUGCCUUACAAUAGCCGUGGUUAAAUGGCACCCUGUAAAACAAUUAAAUCACCUUUCUUCCGCCACUUAAUGACAUUCUUUGAGUGUGUCGAUUGGAAUAUUGCGUUUCUUGGCCGGCACCUGCACCGGCUUUAUUGGGGAGCCUAGCACAUCAUAGGUAUCCGCUACAAUUAGGGUCAUCCGCUGAGAAAAGAUGACUUUUCGCUCAAUAAGAUUGCAUUGUAUUCUAUUAACUUUUAAUCUUUUUGGAUCCUCUAGGUCUGGCACAUUUGAUGGGUACCAACCUAUUGCGGGCCUACAUGCACGGAUACUUUAUAGACAUGCGUCUCUAUCAUAAGGUAACCAUGGUAAUUCAUACUGUUAGUGUGAGUGUAGUUGCACACAUGUUAGAGUAUAAUCGUAUAUACUGUCAGUUAUUCACUGACAGCACUUGGUUGAAGUUGACGUUGACGUGGAUCGGAUGUUGAUGUUUCUUUUUAAAUUUCUUCCCAGGCCAAAUCUAUAGCCGAACCUUUUGCAUUUGAAGAAUAUCGCAAGAAACGCAUCCAGGAUAAGAUUGAGGAGGAACGCGCUAACAGGGUCAAGCUAAAGGUCGGCAAAAUUAAGGUGUCAUAUACUAGUAUGUUUGUUUGAAAACGAUGCUCUUGGGCUUUGGACACAGGUGGAAAUGAGAUACAUUUAAUCAGAUUGGAAACUAACACUUACACUGCUUUUUGUCUUUUGCUAGAAACUUCCCAAAGUAAACAGAAACUUAGCGGAAAAACUGAUAGAAGAGAAGAGGGAUACUAAGAAACAUACGGUUUCGGUAUGUUAUUGUAAUCUGCAUUUUAAAAUGUACUUUUCAAUUGAGUUGAUAUGUUGACACCCUUUUCGGUAUAGUUUUUAAUAUUUCCAAAGUCGCUUGCGUUUGUCGUAUCCGUUUUUGUUUGAAAAGGGAGAUUUUUCCCUCCGUUUUUAUAGCAUCUCUCACAGAGCAUACAUUAUGUUCGUAGUAAAUUAUGUAUAACAUCAUCGUAUCCGAAAACCCCCGUUUUCGUCCGUCCAUACGUAAACGAGUGGCCAGCAUUUUCAAAAAUCUUCACUCUGGGGAGCGUUUUGAAAAGAUGCGUUUUCGGUGACCGUUUUCACCGAAUGCGUGUGGACGGUAGGCCAUACCUGAAAAAAAUCUCCGUUUUUAAGCAAAAACGGCUGCGUGUAGACGGGGCCUCAGACUUUGAAGUAUUUGCCUUGAUUAUUCCGACUUGUUUACGUGAAGCUUUGCUUUGUUUUUCAGUCUUCUGACGUGAGCAAUCCUUUGGGAGAUGACAGAUUCUCGGCCAUGUUUUUGAACCCAGACUUCCAGGUGGACGAGGAAAGCGAGGUAAAGCGGACUUACACGGCUGAAGUGUUUUAUAAUAUUUAUCAAGAUGCUCUUAAUCUAAGAAUGUUUUUUGCUCUCUAGAAACUGAAAAGCUCUGAAAAGAGUGGUCGAUUAUUCCAUAAUAAAUAGGAGAUUCAGAAACCUAAGAUAAAUUUCUCCCAAGAAUAGCCCAAUUGUGAGUUUCCUCAAUCCUCUAUCAAAACGUGGCCUGUUGCACAACAUUUGAUGGCAUAAAUGUAUAAAAGCGAGUGUGAAUGAAAACUCAUCUUCAUAUAGGAGAGUGAGUACCAUGAGUAGCUUUUGAAAAUGAGGCUAAAGAUAUAUCGGCGAUAGCCUUUUGCUUGAUCAUGAUGUUUCUUUCAUGGAGCCUGUUCAGAAAAGGUCAAAAUAACUAGACCCUGCUCUUUAACUUAGCAUAACUAACAAACGUCCCACACUCAAAAGGACUGACCUUUUCAGCGUUACCUUUGAGUCCUUAUUUUAGAGGGCGUCGUCCAUUUUCACCAUGUACAAGUCUGUGAGGCCUUCCUUAUCUUUUAUGUUACCUUUCACCCCGUUAGCCUGCGCGAAUAAAAACCGUUACGUUGAUGGUAAAGUGGUAAAAAACACGUAAAACGUUUUCUUCACGUCUUACUUUGUUUGGAGGUUGAAGGGAGACAGAUAUUUUGCCUGUUUAAUCUUACUAAUGUCACUUGUCAGGUAAAUUGAGACCUUUGAAGAAUUUAAAGUAAAUGCAAGUGAAAUUGUCCUUAUAUAUUUUUUGAAGGAAUACAAACUUCUUCAUCCAGUGGUUUCCAAGCAUGAGAGAGAAAAACAAAAGAAGCAGAAGGAAAAGCAGAAGUUUCUGGAGCAGUUCGAUGAAAUAGAGGUGAGGGCUGGAAAAAUUAAUGAUAUCUUGAGUCCGAAAAAAAUAACUCACUUCCUUGUACCAAGGAAGAGUAAAAAGUAAUCUGCUUAAUUAUUUUAAAGCAUUCUUAAAUGGGUCUUUGAACCUUGCAAAAUUGAAAGUUUUGACAAAAACUGAUAACUGAAGAUGUGUUACGCUUUUUACCAGAGUUUUUGUUCUCCGCGCCAUUCUCCACAUUUUAAAUCUAGAUAUUUUAUCUGAUUAAGCUAUUUUAGUAAAAAGAGAAAUUAGAUUCUGGUCACUGUUAGGUUUACUAAUUAAAUAAUUCCGGAUCUACUGGUUACUGGACUUCAAGCUUCGAAAGUACAAUUAGAUUUUCUUAUUCUAUAGGCGAAUCUUGUUAAAUUUCAUUUUUGCUGAUAAGAAUGGGAAAUAUUGGGACGUCGUCUUAUAUAAAAGUUAAGGUCAAAAGUUGAAAGAGCUCGUUAACUUGAGCAAUUUGUGUAAUUUUUAGCUCUUCCAAGCAAGAUGAAAGGAAAUAGCACCCAUCGAAAACUUCGAAAUUGCUGUUUGGUAAAAACAUUUAAGUGCCCAUAUAUUUUUGUAAAAUUUCGAGUUGUAAAGAGAGUAUCUCCAAACUAUUCGGUAUUUGGGCUAAAAUUUUCAGAGACAACUUCAUGUGUAUGGUUAUGCCCUUUAAAUAUUUAAUCUUAUUUUUGUAAUAACUUGAUCAGAGAAUGAUAAGAUUAUAUGUAAAUGAGCCAAGGAAUGUAAACAAAUUUUCACCCAUAGGAACCGGAGGGUAUCCCUAGUGAGGAGGAAGAAAGCAGCAGCUCAGAAGACGAGAGGGAAUGGCGCGAGGAACUCAAGAGACAGCGCAAAGAAGCUAGAAUAAAUGAAGAGAAACAAGCUACCAGCAGACCAAAAUUUUACGAAUUAAAAUCAGGCGAAAACUUUAAAACCAUAAAGUCUAUCAAAGACGUAUUGCCGUCGAAACAAAAGAAGUAAGUAUGACACUGGAAUUUUUGGCAAAUCCCGGAUCCCGGGUUGCAGUCAAAUCCCUUAUACCGUUGACGUGUCCCGAAUCCCGCACUCUAUUUUGGCCAAAUCCUGCUUCCCGGGUUGCAAUCAAAUCCCGUAUCCCGUUAACGUUUCCCGAAUCCCGCACUCCAUUUUGGCCAAAUCCCGCUUCCCGGGUUGCAGUCAAGUCCCGUAUCCCUUAACGUUUCCCCGAAUCCCGCACUGUUUUUUGGCCAAAUCCCAGGAAUUGAUCCUUCCAGACCCUGAUUAGAGGGAAGACCUUAGAUAACAUUGACCUCUACCAGGUUGUGGCGUCCAGCGGUUUUAGUGAAAAAAAGGGUUUGGGUGGGGUGCUCAGUCUCGCGGGCUCAUAAACCUGGUCUCGGUCAUUCUUAUUUAAGGAUUUCCUGAUUAGAGGAUCCUAGUUACACUAUAAUCAAGUCAAGUUAGCCCUGUCAUAUUAGAGCGGUUUUCACUUGACUGUCGAAAGGGAUUGGUUUUGGUUUUGGUUUUGGUUUUACUACGCCCUUUGGUUGGCUAGUGUAUUUACUUUGGUUUUGGUUUUACGACAGUCAAGUGAAAACCGCUCUAUGUUCGGUAUUUAUUCUUUGUGUAUAAAAUUUUCAAAUUUCCUACAAAGUCAAAAUAAGAGCGUUUUGUUUUGUGUGUAGGGUAUCCCUUGGUGAACGUCUUCAGCAUGAAGAGAGGUCGGGUGUGAUCCGAUCAACAGGUUCAUCCUCGGGUGAAAAGGAAAUUACUUUUCAAGUAGAGAAGGUAAAAAAAGGACAACAAUUUAACGUUACUGGUUUAAGCAAUUUUUACAAAGUUUUUCUUAAAGAUUGAAAUGUACUUGCUUACCCUUGUACCUAAUGAAAAAAGUCAUUUUAAAUUAUUGUUUUGUAUGCAAAAGACAAAUACAAAUUGCAGCAGUAUUUUAGGAUACUGUAGGAGUUUAUUGCCCUUAAAUGAAGAAGGGCGUAAUUGAUUUUCUCUUGAAUUCACUGGUAUUUUUUACUGUCGUCCUUGAGUUUAUUGUGGCGUGGGGUAAUAAUGUGAACGCAAUAUCCUGAUUACUUUUUGAUAAAGGCCAGAGUUUAACCGAGACUUGGCCUGAAACAACUUUUAAUGCGGAAUUUUAAUGAGAAAUAAUUAAAUUAUUGUUUUCUAACUGCAUGCAACCGCGUUUUCUUUUUCCAGCCAUGCAUCACGCGUCGAAUGAAGCGACUCUAUUGCAUUCAUCACAUUUUUUGUUUUCUUUGUAGAGUAACAAAGAGACAAGGAGACAUGAAGAAAUUCGUGCUCAUGUCAAGGAAAGGAAAAAGCUUCGUCGAUCAGCCAGCAGUGUUCUGAGAAAUGAGAAACGAAAACCGGUGUUCUGGAGAGGGAGGAGGGUUAGAUGACACGAAGCUGCGGCCACAGUGGAAUUGAUAAGCUUGUACUCUUCUGGGAAACGAAAACCGGUCUGGUGUUCUGGAGAACGAAGAGAGUUCGAUGACGACGUACUCGAAGUGGUGGUGACAAUGAGAUUGAUCAGCUUGCAGCAGUUUUCCUGGGAACGAAAACGGAGUAGUGGUCUUUUUGAAAAGUAUAGUUCGUUGAUGCGAACAUUAUUUUUUGUUAAUAACUCGACGUAAAGAUC